AUGGCGAGGGCAGUACAACAGUAUAACAUCAGAACAACAUCAGUACAACAUCAGGACAACAACAGGACAACAUCAGGACAACAACAGGACAACAUCAGGACAGAUCAGGACAACAACAGGACAACAACAGCACAACAUCAGGACAACAACAGGACAACAUCAGGACAACAUCAGGACAACAUCAGGACAACAACAGGACAACAUCAGGACAACAUCAGGACAACAACAGGACAACAACAGGACAACAUCAGGACAACAUCAGUACAACAUCAGUACAACAACAGGACAACAACAGGACAACAUCAGGACAACAACAGGACAACAUCAGGACAACAUCAGGACAACAUCAGUACAACAUCAGUAGAACAACAUCAGGACAACAUCAGGACAACAUCAGUACAACAACAGGACAACAUCAGGACAACAACAGGACAAAAUCAGGACAACAUCAGGACAACAACAGGACAACAUCAGGACAACAUCAGGACAACAACAGGACAACAUCAGGACAACAACAGGACAACAACAGGACAACAACAGGACAACAUCAGGACAACAUCAGGACAACAACAGGACAACAUCAGGACAACAAAAGGACAACAUCAGGACAACAUCAGUACAACAUCAGUACAACAACAGGACAACAACAGGACAACAUCAGGACAACAACAGGACAACAUCAGGACAACAUCAGGACAACAACAGGACAACAUCAGGACAAUAUCAGUACAACAUCAGUACAACAACAGGACAACAACAGGACAACAUCAGGACAACAACAGGACAACAUCAGGACAACAUAAGGACAACAUCAGUACAACAUCAGUAGAACAACAUCAGGACAACAUCAGGACAACAUCAGGACAACAACAGGACAACAUCAGGACAACAUCAGGACAACAACAGGACAACAUCAGGACAACAUCAGGACAACAUCAGUACAACAUCAGUAGAACAACAUCAGGACAACAUCAGGACAACAUCAGUACAACAUCAGUACAACAACAGGACAACAUCAGGAAAACAUCAGGACAACAUCAGGACAACAUCAGGACAACAUCAGUACAACAUCAGGACAACAACAGGACAACAUCAGGACAACAUCAGGACAACAACAGGACAACAUCAGGACAACAUCAGGACAACAACAGGACAACAACAGGACAACAUCAGGACAACAUCAGUACAACAGCAGGACAACAACAGGACAACAUCAGGACAACAUCAGGACAACAACAGUACAACAUCAGUAGAACAACAUCAGGGACAACAUCAGGACAACAACAGGACAACAUCAGGACAACAUCAGGACAACAACAGGACAACAUCAGGACAACAUCAGGACAACAUCAGUACAACAUCAGUAGAACAACAUCAGGACAACAUCAGGACAACAUCAGUACAACAUCAGUACAACAACAGGACAACAACAGGACAACAUCAGGACAACAUCAGGACAACAUCAGGACAACAUCAGGACAACAUCAGGACAACAUCAGUACAACAUCAGUACAACAACAGGACAACAACAGGACAACAUCAGGACAACAUCAGGACAACAUCAGGACAACAACAGGACAACAUCAGGACAACAUCAGGACAACAACAGGACAACAACAGGACAACAUCAGGACAACAUCAGUACAACAACAGGACAACAACAGGACAACAUCAGGACAACAACAGGACAACAUCAGGACAACACCAGGACAACAUCAGGACAACAACAGGACAACAACAGGACAACAUCAGGACAACAUCAGGACAACAACAGGACAACAUCAGGACAACAUCAGGACAACAACAGGACAACAUCAGGACAACAACAGGACAACAUCAGGACAACAUCAGUACAACAUCAGUACAACAACAGGACAACAACAGGACAACAUCAGGACAACAUCAGGACAACAACAGGACAACAUCAGGACAACAUCAGGACAACAACAGGACAACAACAGGACAACAUCAGGACAACAUCAGGACAACAACAGGACAACAACAGGACAACAUCAGGACAACAUCAGUACAACAACAGGACAACAACAGGACAACAUCAGGACAACAACAGGACAACAACAGGACAACAUCAGUACAACAACAGGACAACAACAGGACAACAUCAGGACAACAACAGGACAACAUCAGGACAAAAUCAGUACAACAUCAGUACAACAACAGGACAACAACAGGACAACAUCAGGACAACAUCAGGACAACAACAGGACAACAUCAGGACAACAUCAGGAAAACAACAGGACAACAACAGGACAACAUCAGGACAACAACAGGACAACAUCAGGACAACAUCAGGACAACAACAGGACAACAUCAGGACAACAUCAGGACAACAACAGGACAACAUCAGGACAACAACAGGACAACAUCAGGACAACAUCAGGACAACAUCAGGACAACAACAGGACAAAAACAGGACAAAAACAGGACAACAUCAGGACAACAUCAGGACAACAUCAGGACAACAACAGGACAAUAAUAAGAGCUCAGCAUCAAAAAGUUCACAGUAUCACAGCUGCACAAAAGUACUUGUGCAGUUUCAAAGUAAAAAGAUAUGGGUGA